UAGAAUACCUUCGCGGUGAAGUAGAAACACUGCUUCUUUUGACUACAGUAUUAUUUGGACUCUUAAUGGGGAGUGUUUAAAAGCAAUGCUAUACUUUACCAUCUUUAUAAAGCAUGCAAGACUUGGUUCCGGUAAUGGAAUGUCUCUGUUAACUAUUUGUCCAAUUAUUCCUGUCUCUUAUUUCUACAAGCCAUGGUGCGUGGGGGCAGGCGAGGCGACAGGGCGACCGAUUUUACAUUAAAAACACACAAAAACUGAGUUGCUUAGUUAAACAAUUUCUAUACCUGUGGAGCUCCGCGGCGCAGGCUCCACUAUCAUUAAUCUGACAAUAUGGAAAUUUCGUUUUUAAUUAUGAGACUACCGCUGUUUUGGCCCAUUGAUGUGUUGCAACCUAAGUGUUGAAUCCCCUAUGCAUAUCUUACUUAAUAUACUGUGACCGGUGUUACUCAAAUCAACUUUAAGUCUACUAGAGGACGGAAAAUAACUUGGGUAAGUUCAUUACAUGUCUUCUCAUUCUUGCCAGUGGUUACCUAGAUUACAUGUAUGUAUUUCUUAUGUGAAUGACGCCUACAUGUUUUAUUUAACUUGUGUAAGUUCAUUACAUGUCUUCUCAUUCUUGCCAGUGGUAACCUAGAUCACAUGUAUGUAUUUCUUAUGUGAAUGACGCCUACAUGUUUUAUUUAACUUGUGUUCCUCGCCUCUCUUUCAGGCUUGACACAACGUCGCCUGUUUUUGCUUGAAAAUAACAGGAAUACGAGUUUUCCUCUUGGUAAAUACCCAUUCUUUCUAUGCUAACACCUCUAUUUCCUCUCAACAAGGCCUUACCUUACUUAAGAAAUGUGUUUUUUAUCUUCUUUUUGUUUAUUUCGGUAAAACCUUGAUAGCCACCACGCUUAAACCAAUAGUUUAAGUUUAACAAACGUUUCUAUGGAGCUAGCAAUAUACGAAAAAUAGAUAAUAAUAUUAUUUGCUUUUGUUUAUAAAGGCCGUGAUAUAGAAAUUAAAAAGUGUUCAGCAAAUCUAAAUUGUUCUAAUAUUAACAAACCCAAAAGGAAAUGUAAUUUAGAAUUUACAAAAAUUUAGUACCACAUUCUUAAAAAAAACUAAUUUAAGAUUAAAUUUACACUCAGCGAAAAACAUCUAAGGGUUGAAAUAAAACCCUUUUGAUUUUUUCUUACCACUGAACGUGUUUCGUGCGCAUGGACAUUGUAAACUUCAUGAAAACAAUCAUCAGUGGGUUGCAUAUUUUCUAUUAAUGAUUCCUUUUUUACUCACCCUUUGUGAACUACGUGCAGCACAAAAUAAUGAAGCACGUAUUCACAGCACCUGCCCUAACGACUUAAAAUUUUAACAAACAUCAUACAAUCCACAAAUCAUACAAUCUGCACUGUGGAUUGGUUCGGACGAACCCCCCCCACCCGGCUGUAAGGUCCGCUCAGAGCAAACAAAAAUAUAUAACGUUUGGCUGGAGAUAUACCGUGCACAUCAAUAUGACUUUAAAAUUACUAUAAAAAUCUUUUAAUAAUAAUUAUAUUUAUUAUUAUCGAUAUAUGUUGAAAAGCACCAUAUUAAUAACAUUUAAAAUACAAGAUUGAUUGAGAGGGGUAUACCGGAAAUUUGGUCCGCUGAAAUGGAAAAACGAACCACCCCGCUCAAAAUCCUGGCUACGGGCCUGAAUGUUGAGAAUCUAUUAAGAGUUUUACAGCUCGCUACAAUUUGAACAAAUUUUUUAAAUAGAAUAAUGGGGUUCCCCUGAUCGGUGGGCAAAAAUCUAUGGUAUUAUUAUUUUAUGUAUAUAUAUUUCGUAGCAAAGCAUGUAAUUUCACUUAUGUAGGUGCGCUAAAUGACGAAGUUUUCGAGCAAAAGUAAUGCAUAUGCGCAGAACUGGGUGCGCAAUGCAAUACGGAUGGUAACGAUUAUUCUUAAUAAAUCCCCUGAUAAGUGGGGGACCCCAAAACAGGUCUUUAGGAAUGAAAAAUUAGUUUCCCCUUUUUUUCCAACACAUCAAGAUAUAUCCCACUCUAUCGUACAUAACGACAUGUACGCAUAUAUAUCAUCCUUAUUUCGGAUUCGACCGUCAACACGUAUACGGAAUCGUAGCGUAUUCGUUCCGUUCCGCUUUUGUUUGCGGAUUCAAAAAGUUGCGGAUUCGCCAGCGUAAUCGUCGUAUACGCGUGGACGAUAGCCGUAUCCGAAACGAAAAAGUUGCGUAUUCAUUCGAUUCGUUAUACGCGUGGACGAUAGCCGUAUCCGAAACGAAAAAGUUGCGUAUUCAUUCGAUUCGUUAUACGCGUGGACGAUAGCCGUAUCCGAAACGAAAAAGUUGCGUAUUCAUUUGAUUCGUUAUACGCGUGGACAUGGUCUAAUACAGCUCUGUUAGUUUAACUGAAGACCAGCCGCAGCGUUUUUCUACGAAACAGUAUAAACGAAAAAGGUGCCGAUUCAUUCGAUUCGUUAUACGCGUGGAAAUGGUCUAAUACAGCUCUGUUAGUUUAACUGAGGACCAGCCGCAGUGUUUUUUUACGAAACAGUAUAAACGAAAAAGGUGCGGAUUCAUUCGAUUCGUUAUACGCGUGGAAAUGGUCUAAUACAGCUCUGUUAGUUUAACUGAGGACCAGCCGCAGCGUUUUUCUACUAAACAGUAUAAACUAAAUUUAACUACAUCAAAUGCACUGAGUGUCUAAAAUUGUGUAUGCAUUAAGUGGUUUUCAAAAACCUGUGUAAUGCUAUUUAGUUGUUUUAGUACUAAAUUUAUAUCUUUCAAGCAGUCUAUAGGAAAAGAAUGGAUCCUCCUGAAGAGCGCAAUAAGGAGGACGCCAGAGAAAAAGAACACAAAGAAGAGAACGAAACAUGGAACAUGAUACGCGAGUUCGCUGGCUACACAACCCUUCAUGGCUUCCAUUUUCUGGUCGACUCUAGUUCCCGUUGGAGGCGCCGCAUCUGGUUCCUUUUGUUAUUGUUCUGUUGCGCGAUGUUUAUAUAUCAGUUUGUUAUUAGCGUGAAUCGUCUAAGGGCGUACAAGGUGGUUUUUAGUCGCGGUGCGGAGCAGCCAGGUGAAGUUGAUUUCCCAGCAGUUACCAUAUGCAAUAAGAACAUGCUGAGAAAGAGUUUGAUUUUAAACACAAGUGCCCAGAUAUAUCUGGAUGAACAGGACGCAGAUUUCAAAAGGAGUCUGAAACAAAGCAACAUUAGUUUUGAUGCAGAGGAAUUUGUGAAGAAGUACGGGCAUAAUAUCACAAACAUGUUAAAUAGGGCGAAAGGCUGUACGUUCAAAAUGCUUUAUCCUUGUUCAGGGGAGAACUUCACCUCCUUCUUUUCUUUCACGAGAGGAUGGUGCUACACGUUCAACGCAGGCGCAAAUUACAUUCAACGCGUUUCGGUGGCUGGAAGAGAAACCCGACUUAAGCUAUAUCUUGAUGCCAAAUCGCACGAGUACUAUGGGCCAUUCAGCUACGAUGGCGUCGGCUUUAAGAUUGCCGUGCAUGAUCAGAAUGACGUUCCUGAUAUGGAUAACGGCGGGUAUGACAUCUCCCCGGGCUAUCUCACAACAAUAAGUGUCAAGAGGUUUAAGGAAGUUUCCUUGCCCCCUCCGUUUCCGACCAAAUGUGGCUCAAGAACACUUGAGCAUUACGAGAGGUACUCCACUAAGGGAUGCGAAUACGAAUGCUUCGCUAAAGACUUCGUGAGGAAAUUCAAGUGCAAAGUUUUGGGUAUGGCACCUAUUAAAGAGAUAAGAAAUGCAUCGUUUUGUCCAGUUUCUGUUGUGAGUGCUGCUCUCAUGGACUUCCAUAAAAACUGGCACUUGGAGUUAUGUGAUUGCCCCAAACCUUGCGAGACUGUCAAUUACAAUGCACAGCUAUCAACAGCACACUACCCCGCCCCGAGCCUUCUAGACGAACUGUCAAAAUUCCCGUUGGAGGGAUUCGUGAAUAAGUCAAAGGAGGAAUAUGUCAAGUUUGUGAGAGAUAACAUUGUUGUGGUGGAAGUCUUCUACGAAACCCUCCUUACCGAUGUUUUGAAGGAAGAAAGAGAUUAUGACUUUAACAUGUUCGCCUCCGAUCUUGGGGGCAUCUUGGGGCUGUAUCUUGGUACCAGUCUUCUCACAAUUGUCGAGUUUCUUGACCUUGGCAUUCGCUGGUGUCUAAGGCGACGAUCAGACAGGUCACAAGUUCGUUCACAAGCCUGGGUGAAAUAGAGACGACCUGAUAAGGCGAUUGCAA